AUGGUUUGGUUUAGUCUUGGACUGUGUUUUGUGGUAGCAAGGCUCUUCUCUAGAGUCCUUGGUAUUCGUCCUUUUCAUUCUCAAGACGUGUUAGUCUCUGAGGCUGAUCCUAUAGCGGAAAGCGAUGCCACACAUUUUUCAAAGAAUGUGUCCAGCUGUCCGGGCUACUUAUUAAACUUCCUCCAAGAAAGCAGAUUUGGACUUGUUGCACAACUUUCCCUAGCAGGAGCUCCUUGCAACGCCUUCGGAACGGAUUUCGAAGAUCUCACAAUUCAGGUCACGUACGAAACUGACUCUCGACUUCGGGUACGCAUUGCAGACAGCGGAAACAAACAGUUCACUAUCCCAGAAUCUGUCAUCGCUCGUCCCCCACCGCCUACCACCUCGUUCACUCACUCGUCCGAUUUAGUAUUUAACUACGAACCUUCCCCUUUUUCGUUCUGGAUCACGCGACGUUCUAAUCCCGAUGCCACUCCCUUAUUCGAUACACGGUUUUCAUCACUCCCGAAACCUCCCUUGGCGCCCGUCAUUCCCGAUGACAAUUCUACCGCUUUAGAUGGAUUUUCUCUUGUGUUCGAAGACCAGUAUCUUCAACUAACUUCCUCGUUACCACUGGACGCAAAUAUCUAUGGAUUGGGUGAAGUCAUUGCAAGCUCAGGCUUUAGACGCAAUGUUGCUUCCAACGGAGGGUCCAUCCAAACCCUAUGGGCUCGCGAUAUUGCCGACCCCAUUGAUCAGAACAUGUAUGGAAACCAUCCCGUUUACGUCGAGCAUAGGUUCAAUGAAACCACGAACGAGGCACAGAGUCACGGCGUCUUCUUAUUUAGUUCGUCUGGAGCCGAUAUUUUGCUCCUGACUCCUCCCGGCGCCUCGCAGUCCCUCGUUCAGUAUCGAAUGAUAGGCGGCGUGUUCGACUUUUAUUUCUUUUCUGGUCCCACUCCUCAUGCGGUCAUUGAGCAAUACGGUGCUCUUGUGGGACUGCCGAGUUGGAUACCUUCAUGGGCGUUCGGUUUCCAUCUAUGCAGAUGGGGUUAUAUAUCGAUCAAUGAAACAAUGGAUCAAGUCCAAGCCAUGCGAGCUGCCAAUAUCCCUUUAGAAGUAAUGUGGAACGAUAUCGACCUGUAUCAUGCUUUCCGCGACUUUACUUCUGAUCCUGUCAGUUUUCCUGGGGAUGCGAUGCGGGCUUUCAUCCAGGAGUUGGCCUCCAAUAACCAACAUUACAUCCCUAUACUGGACGCUGCGGUUCCCCAUCCCACCAAUGCCACAGAUGUCUAUGAUCCGUAUAUCAGGGGCCACGAACUUGAUACUUUUGUCAAGAAUCCAGACGGCUCUGAAUACAUCGGUAAGGUUUGGCCAGGAUACACUGUUUUUCCGGACUGGUUCGCAGAUGACACGCAACAAUGGUGGACGGAAUCACUGAAGAACUGGAGCGACGAGGGUGUUGAAUAUUCAGGCAUCUGGCUCGACAUGAACGAAAUCAGCUCCUUUUGUCAGGGAUCCUGCGGCACGGGUGCCGAUCUAAGUGAUACUUCUGUACCUUUCCCACUCCCUGGAUCGCCAGGAGCUCUCGUCACUGAUUAUCCAGAAUGUUAUGAUUCUUCUGUGUCUGGCCCCAGUGGAAAUUUUACUGUGAAUGGAGCUUUGACGUGUACCGAUAGUAACAUUCAAGCCCUGUUGAAAAGGGGAGAAGGAGCGGGCGGGGAACAGGGAGUCAGCCUUAACGCACCUCCGUAUGCGAUCCACAACGGCAUUGGCGAUCUUUCUAUCAACACCCUUGCCACAAACGCUACCCAUGCCGGGGGUUUUGCGGAGCUGGAUGUACAUAAUAUGUGGGGUAUGAUGGAAGAAAAGGCGACACACCUUGCCCUUCAACAACUUCAACCUGGGAAACGACCUGUGAUCAUUGCGCGUUCCACGUUCCCAUCAUCAGGUAAAUGGGCCGGACAUUGGCUCGGUGAUAAUUUCUCCAAAUGGGAGUAUCUUUAUUACAAUAUUCAAGGCAUCCUCCAGUUCCAGAUAUUCCAAAUACCUUUUGUCGGUGCGGACACCUGCGGAUUCAAUGGCAACACCGAUGAGGAAUUGUGUAACCGGUGGAUGCAACUAUCCGCAUUUGUACCCUUCUAUCGGAAUCACAACGAGCGGGGAGCGCUCAGUCAAGAGCCUUACCGUUGGGAUAGCGUAGCGAAUGCUUCUCGAACUGCUAUUGCCACUCGGUAUACCUUGCUCCCGUAUUGGACUUCCCUCUUUGCGAAUGCUUCCUUGCGUGGGACUCCGCCAGUUCGAGCACUCUGGUACGAGUUCCCUACAGAAGCCGAACUCUUCUCCGUGGACAAGCAGUUCUUGGUUGGUGCAGACAUAUUGGUAACGCCAGUAUUGACUCCCAACGUCUCCACUGUGGAAGGUAUUUUCCCGGGUCGUGGCCAAGUCACUUGGCGAGACUACUAUACGCAUAAGGUGGUUGAUGUAUCAUCUAAUGGCACUGCAACGCUCUCUGCCCCCCUCGGACACAUCAAUGUUCAUAUUCGUGGCGGCUCCGCUCUUCUUUUGCACGCGAAUCCUGGCUACACGACCACCGAAACUAGAGGAGGACCGUUCUCUCUCUUGGUUUCCCUUGAAUCCAACGAACAUGCCUUUGGAACAGCCUAUAUCGAUGAUGGGGUCACCAAUCCACCCACUGAAAGCCGAAAUCUGACGUUCUCGGCGACUGCUGGCCACCUUGCCAUCUCAAGUAAUGGGAAUUUUGCUGUCGAACAAAAAUUGCAGCAAAUAACGAUUUUGGGAGUCACAGCGGAUCCCACUGACGUCUCUGUGAGCGGGAUAACUGCUGAAAACUGGCAGUUCAUACCCGAACUUCAGAAGCUAGUUAUUUACAAUUUAGCCCUGGACUUGAACGGUGCUCAAACUGUAUCGUGGUAG